AGAAAAAAAGAAGUGAUUGCAAGUUUCCGCAAAGCUUCAAACUUUCCAGUCUAAUUGCAGAAAAAUCCGUCAAAAAGUUUCAAUCUUUCUCGGGAAAAGCCAACCCAUUUCCUCCGUGAAACGAUUGGUUCUCAAGGAAAAAGCAUCACUUUGACAAACGGUGACGAAUAGAAUCCGAAGCGAAACGAUGUCGUAUACGACGAAGAAGACGAAGUGAUUGCAAGUUUUCGCAAAGCUCCAAACUUUCCUGUUUAAUUGCAAGAAAAGUUUCGAUUUUUUCUCUCGGGAAGCAAACCCAUUUCCUCCGAGAAACGUUUGGUUUCUUUCAGGAAAAAGCAUCAAUUAACGAAGCGGUGACGGAGAAUCUGAAGCUAAAACGAUGUCGUUUACGACGAGGAAGACGAAGUGAUUGCAAAAGCUUCAAACUUUUCCAGUUUAAUUGCAGAAACCACAAGAAAAAAAAGUUCUAAUUUUUCUCGGGAAAGUGAACCCAUUUUCCUCCGAGAAACGUUUGGUUUUCAGGGAAAAAGCAUCACUUUGACAAAACCGAAACGAUGUCGUUUACGAUGAAGAAGACGAAGAAGGAGACAAGUCCAGUUUCGCCAUUGAACAAACGAAGAGCAAGCUGGUCAGAGAUUUGGGUUAACCAUCACCACCAUUUACUCUCUUCUCCUUCCCCUAAACCAGAUCUCACCCUUUUAUUAUCUGACCUCACCCUCCUCACAAUCAUCAACAAGGUCCCUUUAUCUCAUCGAAAGUCUCUGUCUUUAGUCUGCAAGAGGUGGUUGAGACUCCACGGGGGUCUUGUACGGUCGGUUAAGGUGUCGGAUUGGGAGGUUCUCGAGUCUGGUCGGCUUGUCUCAAGGUUUCCUAAUCUGGACAACGUUGAUUUGGUCAAUGGGUGUUUAUUAAAUUCACGUGUUGGUGUAGGGUCGUACCAAAGUGUGAGCUUUGUUGAGGAGAGUCACUUGUUGUCUGUUGAAAAGGUUGAUAGAGGGCUAAGGGUUCUUGCAAGUGGCUGUUCUAGUCUCCGGAGACUUGUGGUGGCGAACGCUAGUGAGUUAGGUUUGUUGAGUGUGGCUGAAGCGUGUACGAGGUUGCAAGAACUGGAACUGCAUAAGUGUUCUGAUAAUGUUCUGCUUGGUGUUGGUGCGUUUGAGAAUCUGCAGAUAUUGAGAUUGGUUGGGAGUGUUGAUGGUUCUUUGGUUUCGGAUAUUGGUUUGAUGAUUUUGGCUCAAGGGUGUAAGAGGCUUGUGAAGCUUGAGCUUGUUGGAUGCCAAGGAGGGUUUGAUGGGGUUAAAGAGAUUGGGGAAUGUUGUCAGAUGCUUGAGGAGCUUACUGUUUGUGAUCAUAAGAUGGAAGCUGGUUGGCUUGGUGGUCUUGGAUAUUGUGAGAAUCUCAAGACCUUGAAACUAGUUUCUUGUAAAAAGAUUGAUCAUGGACCUGGUCUAGGUGAGUGUUUGAGUAGUUCUUGUCCUGCGCUGGAGCGGUUACACUUGGAGAAGUGUCAGUUAAGAGACAAGAAUAUAGUAAAGGAUUUGUUUAAGUUGUGUGAAGCAGCGAGAGAGGUUGUAUUUCAAGACUGUUGGGGAUUGGAUGAUGAUAUCUUCAGCUUGGCAAUGACUUUAAGGAGAGUGAAGCUUCUGUAUCUAGAAGGAUGCUCAUUGCUAACAACACCAGGUCUUGAAUCAGUGAUUCUACAUUGGAAUGAGCUUGAACAUCUGAAAGUGGUUUCUUGCAAGAACGUAAAAGAUUCAGAGAUCUCUCCAUUGCUGUCAGCUUUGUUCUCAGACUUGGUAGAGUUGCAGUGGAGACCAGACACCAGAUCACAUCUCUGGUCUAGCUUUACAGAGAUUGGAAUUGGGAAUAAAGGAGGAAAGUUUUUCAAGAAAACAUAGAAACUUUAACUUUCCAACACUGAAACUGUUUCUCUUCAAUGCCUUUUUAGAAACUUUCUUUAAGUUUUUUUUCUUGUUGAACAAAGUAGCAAUUGCUAACUAUAAAGAAUAGUGUUAUUUUCUAAAUUCUGAUCACAA